AUGUUAUUUUGUCCUUGCUGUGGAAAUCUAUUAUUAAUCCAACAUCACACACAAGGUGAACAAUCAUUUUUUUGUCAAACUUGCCCUUACGUAUUUCCAAUAGGUAGUAAAGAGUAUAAGAAUCGAACAACUUUAAAACGAAAGGAAGUUGAUGAUGUUCUUGGUGGUGAAGAAGGAUGGAAAAAUGUUGAUUCAACCGAAGUAACCUGUCCAAAAUGUGAACAUCCACGAGCGUAUUUCAUGCAAAUUCAAACACGUUCAGCAGAUGAACCUAUGUCAAUAUUUUAUAAAUGUUGUAAUCACGAAUGUCAACAUCAAUGGAAUGAAAAGUGA